GAAGAGAAGAGGAAUACAUCUUUAAUGCGUUGGUGAUGUGAUCCACAUCCCAGAUGGAACAUUUUUGACCAGACUUAUUUGGAGAUUGGAGAAAACUUAAUAUUAUUCGUCAUUGUUUUGGAAAAACACCAUCACUCUGCUGUGGACUGAAAAAGUUUUUUUCCCCCAUCCUCCCAUCACAGCCUCCUCCUGCAUCCAGACUCCAGACGCACAGGAAUCCCAUCACCUGGCCUAUACAAAACUGCUACUUUACACAUAUGCAGACUUACAUCCGGAGCCACACCAUUACAUGACGGCCAUGUGAAUUAAACAUUUUAUACGUUAAAGAAGAAGUGCGCGCUCUCGUCGAAGCGCAGCAUCAGCACCAGCAUCCGAUGCGCGUCCCCGCCCCGGUAGAGGCUGCCCGAGAUCCCGGGAAGAGGAGUUGGAGCUGCGCGAGUUAAAGUUGGGCUAAAAGGGGGGUGAGAGAGGAUGCUGCGGAACAAUCUACCAUCCAAUUAACAUAAGCCUGUGCGGAGAAACGCGUCCUAAGUGAAGGAUGACUUGCAAAAUACUGAGCAUAUGCCUCUUAUUUUUGGGUUUUCAACAUUGCUCAUCACGAGAAUGUGUUGAUCCGCUGGUGUCCGGGCUCUACGCCUCCUCCUUCCUCGCCUCCUCAAGAUAUAACUUUCUUUACUCGGCUAAUUUUGCCAAAUUGUACGGCAGCAGUGGCUGGUCCCCAUCCCCCAGGGACAGACAGCCAUGGCUGCAGGUUAACCUGGGCAGGAAGUAUCGUCUGGUGGCCAUCGCCACCCAGGGGACCUUCAACUCAUAUGACUGGAUCACCAAGUACAAACUGCUCUAUGGCGACCGACCGGACUCCUGGACACCGUACAUCCAGAUGGGAGGAAACUCUACGCUGCCUGCGAACUGGAAUUAUUAUCAGAUCAAGAGGAAUGUCUUCCAUUACGCCUUUACUGCUAAACACAUUCGACUGCUGCCUCUGGCGUGGAACACAGAGAACGGAGGGAAGAUCGGCGUGAGGCUGGAGCUGUUUGGCUGCUCUUAUGAUUCCUAUGUGCUACAGUACAACGGGGACGACUCAUUGGCCUACAUGUACCCAGAAAAGAGAUCCCGUACACAACACGACCACAUUGCCAUAAACUUCAAGACUCUGGAGCAGGAUGGUCUGCUGUUACACAGCGAGGGGAUUCAAGGAGACCUCUUAACCUUGGAGCUGAAGAGAGGCCGUCUUUACCUGCACAUCAGCUUAGGAAGCAGUGUAGUACACAAAAUAGAUGGUCGAACUACACUGACUGCUGGCAGCCUUCUCGAUGACCUACACUGGCACUAUGUCACUAUCAUACGCUCCGGUCGGCAGGUGAACUUCACAGUGGACAGUCACGCAGUCACAGCCAUCUGUAAAGGAGAGUUUACACACCUGGAUCUGGAUACACAGUUAUAUGUAGGAGGUGUCAUAGAGAAAAAUGUGCCUCAUCUGCCCACUACACCAAAUUUCCGUGGCUGCCUGGAGAACGUCUUCAUCAAUGAUGUCAACAUCAUCUACAAGGCUAAGAGAGAAGAAGAUGACAUACGCAUCCCACGAAAGAAAAAGAUGCAAUAUUUCUGCAGGGACAUUCUGCUCAAACCGAUGACUUUUGCCGGACCCAACAACUACCUGCAGGUGCCGGGCUUCUUCAGGAGGCCUCGUAUGUUUGUCAAGUUUAAGUUCCGCUCGUGGGACUACACAGGGCUGCUAAUGUUCACACGGUUUGCCGAUGACCUGGGUGCCCUUGAGCUGGGCCUAAGCGAGGGACAGAUCAACGUCACUAUAUUCCAGCCUGGGAAGAAGAAACUCCAGUUUGCUGCAGGCUAUAGGCUCAAUGAUGGUUACUGGCAUACGGUGGAUUUGGCAGCCAGAGACAACCUGCUGACCCUCACAAUUGAUGAGGAGGAGAGCUCUCCACUAAAGAUCACCAACCCUUUCACAAUUCGGACGGGAGACCGCUACUUUUUUGGAGGUUGUCCGAAAACCAACAACACAAUAAGAAAGUGUGAGACCAAGCUGAACCGCUUCCACGGCUGCAUGCAGCACAUCUUCAUAGACAAUGAACAGCUUGAUAUCGACAUUAUUCUGCAACGACAGUGGGGGCGCUAUGCUGAGCUGUUGUUGGGCACCUGUGGCAUCACUGACAGAUGUAGACCAAAUCCAUGCGAACAUGAAGGCAGAUGUAUCCAGUCCUGGGAUGACUUCAUCUGUCUGUGCGAGAACACAGGCUAUAAAGGAGAAGUGUGUCACAUGUCGGUUUAUAAAGAGUCAUGCGAGGCCUACAGGCUCAGUGGCAAGUAUUGGUCUGGAAACUACACCAUCGAUCCUGAUCUCAGCGGACCGCUGAAGCCAUUUGAAGUGUACUGCAAAAUGAAGUCAUAUAAAGCUUGGACAGUGAUUUUGCAUGACCGCGUGGAUGGUACCAAGGUGACUGGGAGUACAAUAGACCGGCCGUAUAUAGGAAAUGUCAACUACUGGAACGCCUCCUGGGAUGAAGUCACUGCUCUCGCCAACACCUCCAUGUACUGUGAGCAGUGGAUCGACUACUCCUGCUACAAGUCCCGCCUGCUCAACACCCCCAAUGGACGACCUUUUGGUUACUGGAUUGGUCGUAACAACGAGAGUCACUAUUACUGGGGUGGAACAUUCAGAGAGGUCCAAAAGUGCGGUUGCGCUAUCAACCAAACCUGCACCGAUCCCAAGUUUCAAUGCAACUGUGAUGCUGACUAUAGACAAUGGUACUCAGAUAAGGGCUACCUGGACUUUAGAGACCAUCUGCCUGUGAGGAAGGUGGUAGUUGGGGACACCAACAGGACCGGCUCAGAAGCACAAUUCACCGUCGGGCCCCUCCGCUGCCAUGGCGACAGAAACAUCUGGAACACCAUCGCCUUCACCAAGCCCACCUACAUAACCUUCCCGACCUUCAGGCCUGGCACCAGCGCUGACAUCUCCUUCCACUUCAAAACCUAUCGUGACCACGGCGUCUUCUUGGAGAAUUCUGAUGACCAGCUUCGAAACUUCAUACGGGUAGAGCUGAACACCACCCAUAACCUUAUGAUGGUAUUCAUGGUUGGCGACGGCAUCGUUAACGUGACACUACACUCCCCUGUGGCACUCAAUGACAACGAGUGGCACUUUGUUCAGGCUGAGCUUAAUGUGAAGCUGGCUCGCAUCAAGGUUGAUUAUCAGCCUUGGGCUGUCACACGUUUUCCGGGUCAGACUUUUGUCACCAUGAAGUUUACGCAUCCUAUUUUAGUAGGUGCAGCCAACCGCACCCUGAGACCUUUCUUGGGGUGUCUUCGAGGCUUGCGGAUGAACGGUGUUCCGAUUGAUCUCGAGUCAAAGGUAAAUGAACAACAGGGUAUAAGGAGGAACUGUACUGGAGAGUGUCUUAACGCUACCAUACCGUGUCGAAACGACGGCCAGUGUAUGGAGGGCUACGCUUCCUACACUUGUGACUGUAACAACACAGCUUUUGAUGGUUUCUACUGCCAUAAAGACAUCGGAGCCUACUUUGAGAUUGGCUCGUGGCUGAGAUAUGACAUACGAAAGAAGCCCAUAUCAGAUGAAGCUGCAUGGGCCAACUGGAUCGACCCGCAUUAUGACAACUUCAGCCUCGGCUACAAUGACACAGCAGACGACAUAGAGUUCAGUUUCAGCACCGUUUACACGCCAGCUGUGCUGCUCUACAUCAGCUCCUUCGUUCAAGACUAUAUCGCUAUCAUCCUCAGGACUGAUGGCAGUGUAGAUCUGAGGUAUAAGCUGGGGCUCAUAACACACAAGUACCAGCUGACUAACCGAAACCUGGCAGAUGGAUACCCCCACUAUGUCAACAUAACCAGACACAACAGAACCAUCAAAACACAGGUGGAUUACAUGGAGCCCAUAGUGGAAAAAAUAACCUUAGUGGAGGACGCCAGGUUUGACUCUCCAAAGUCCAUGUUCAUGGGCAGAGUGAUGGAGGUUGGUGACAUUGACUAUGAGAUCCAGAGGCACAACGCUCCAGGCUUCAUAGGCUGCAUAUCUGGGGUGAGAUACAACGUGUACGCACCUUUAAAGGCCUUCUUCCGUCCAAAUGAAACAGACCCUCCGGUAACCACAACAGGCUACGUCUCCGAGUCCAACUGUGGCGCCUUCCCUCCUAUCCUGGGUUAUGUACCAUGGGAGGUAGACCCCUGGUUUACCACCAUAGAGUAUAUUUAUAUCCAUGAUGACCUGGGCCUGUUUUGGAUAACAGUCAUUGUCAUCCUGGCUCUGCUGCUGCUCUUCGGAGGCCUGUACAGCAUCUACGUCUACGCGUACCAGCAGAAGGGCAGCUACCGCACCAACGAACCCAAGAACCUGGAGUCCCCCAGCAGCUCUAGGCCGCUGACCGAGACCCUGAGGAGAGAAAAGAAGAACCUCCCGGAGAUUGACGAGGCGUUCACGAGCGACUAGCAUCACAGGACCUUUGGGGAAGCGGGUGGGGUUUGACUGCGGGUUGGGGAGAGGGAAAUAACACUUACAACAACCACAGAUACCUGUAUUAAGUUUUCUAAUUCUUUUUUUUUUUUUUUUUACAUCUUGGUUUGUGUUCCUUUCCCCGGGUUGAGUGGGAUCAGACGCCUGGUGCUCUACAUAUUUUGGUUAAAAGGGUUAAAAGUUCACAUCAAGUCCCAUGCUGCGUGAGUAGCCAACAAGUCUCACACUGUAUUACAGGGUGAAAUACUGAAGUGCCUCAUCUGAGCAAGCUUGAUCUGAAGUAACAUUAUAGCUUAUUCAGAUAGGGUUUAGAUUAUGUGGGGUCAGGAUUUUAAGGGAUGUUUAGUUACAGUCAGAACAUCAGUUUAAUGUUUUCUAACCCUUUUAUUGAUUUUUUUUCCUGAGCCAUUUUUGAGACCGAUUAAAGCUACCAAUAUCUUACUGUAUAGAUGUAUUGCCAUCUAAGAUAUACCUUUCGAUGACAAUCUCUCAUGGAGCCAUUUUUGACAGUUUAUAAUCCGUGAACACAUCUGGGAACUAGUAAACUAACAAAAAUCCAGGUUUUCAUGAAUAAAAACAACAGAAGAGAGAACAAGCAUGGAGCCUUGAGAUGAGAUAAGCUUUGAGAUAAUACAUAUAAAGGUCGUAAAAGGUAUAUACGCUUCUAUUUGUUGUAUUGCAGCCUAUAACAGUGCAUUACCUAUACAGAAUGGCACAUGUAAGCGGUUCAGAAUUGCCAUUGUGUCAAUAGAUAGCAGCUUUGCCGAUCGCAGUAUGCUCAGAUUCCUAAACACAUUCUUCGGAGAUGAGAGUGUGAUGAUAUGAACAUAUUCCUCUGGGUGUGAGAGCUAACAGGCUGUUGGUGCUCUGCAGAAUCAAAACAAACGUUGAGGUGAUGAAGCUCGCCAGGGACAGGGUGACCUAAAUAUCCAAGAUGUCAUUCUUUCUGGUUGCUUAUAUUAUGGUCAAGCUGCCAAUAGCUCGGUGCUAUAGAGAGUUUGACUUAUCUCUAUAUAACAAUAGUAUCACAACUCACAAUCCUUUCAGCCCCAAUAAUAAGCAUCCUUCAGGAAGCAGCUGCUCCCUGUGGCCACGUGGAGAAGCAUACAUAUAAACACACAGUCACAUAUGUACAGAGGACCACAAGAGUGUAAAUGCUAAUCUUUUACUUCCAUACUGCUUGAAUAUUUUUGCAUAGGACAGCCACGCUGCCAUCGCUGCUGCUGCUGCUUGUUUAGCUGCUUUCAGUGGAAAGUCAAAAACUCUACCUAUAAUAGUCUAAUGAAAUUUUCUUCUCUGGCAGAUGAAAUUUCGUUUGAUGUGUGGUGCAACCAAAGCUUCCGGCUAUCAUCACUCACCGCAGCUCUUCUCAAUACUAAGGCACUAUUGUGUAUGUGAAAAAAAAAAUGGGAAAAAACAUUUGUAACAUAUCAGUUAUGCAUUUGUAGAGCAUGGCCGCACUUUGCAGCAACAUGCAAUAAUACGAGCUUCUUUCAGCCACCAAUGAUGUUUAAUUUGCAGAUAGCAAGUAGGAUGUAAUGAGUGUAUACGUGAAUAUAUGAAUAAUGUGUUAAGCGACUUUUAUAUUCCUGUGGUUUAUACAAAACAAAACAGUUCAACGGAGUGCUUUGAAUGUAAAUCCUCAGACUGUGUAAUGUAUGAGCGGACGCUGCAGUGAAGUUUUCGUUGUAGGCUGCUCAGCACUGAAAGUAAACUUAUUCAUGGUAGCUUUUUGGAACGCUCAGGAUAAAGAAAGUGCAGUACUUGUUCUCUGUAGCACUAAUACACCUCCAAAAAACUCAACAUUGUUGGUUUCUUCCGUUACAGACGGGCAGGACUGUGCUGAAAUUGUGCAGGGAAAGGAUGUAAAAAAAAAAAUGCAAUUACUAUAAAGGCACGACUUGCUAACGAUGUAUGAAAAUGUAUAGAUUCGGCCAAAGCUGGCAUUAAAAGGUUAUAUUUUUGCUGUGAUGAGAUGAAUGAUACUGAAGCGGAGUGAAACAGUUGGUUUGUGACAAAGAAUAGUGUGUUUUUGUUAAAAGGACAAUCACCACUCAAAGUUCAUAUUCGGCGCAAGCCAACAAACUUGGGUCAAAUAUGCUUUGUUGCCUAUUAGGAAAAGUCGACUUAUGUGUUCUAUAAAUGUAUACACCUCACUGUAUUCACCGGUAAAUGGGCUAUAAACAAUCAGCCUAGCCGUGUCACUCACUAGUUAAUCAUGCGUGGUCCCUGGAGCGUGUGUGUGUGUGUAUGUGUGACUGACUGGAUGUUUAGAUGUUUGUGUAUUCAUAGUAUGCCCACCAAGAUGUUAAAUAAUAACUCUCAUUAAAAAAACAAACGUGCACUGAUGCCAAUUCACUUAUUGUAGUGCACCAACAGUAGUACAGACAGAAGUAAGGCCCCUGGAUGUAACUCAGAGUGGCUCCUCCGUGUUUGGCUUCAGAUGUUUGUACAUUACAAUCUGUGCUGAACUGAUCCUGAAGGGUGUGAAUAAAGGGGAUUAAGAUAAAAUGGCCAGUAGAGGGAGUAGGUCAGAGGGAUGUUAACUCAGACAGGGUAUCUGCUGAUUUCACCAAAUGUGCAACAUUUACUGUAAUUCCUCCUGGAAUUAAACCUGAGAUCAAGAAUUAAAACAAAAAAAUAAAACAUAAAGGGGCAUAAAGUUAAAUUAGGGUUGGUAAAAAGUCAUGAUUUUCUUUGUAAAUCUAGUCUGAGCUCUAUUAACACUUAUAGAGAGAUUUAAGACUUUUUCUUACUCUAUAUGAAUCUGCAGAUCCCCUGUCAACAGUGAUAAUAUGUAUUAAAUAGAGACAAUAAAGCACCAGAGUGAGCAGCAGGCAGGUUAGAGUCACUUCUCUGCACCAUCAAACCGAAUCCUUCUGCAACAGGUACCAGGAAUGAUCAUUACAGUUGUGUUUGUGAUCACACUGGAGUUUUUUCUGUUCUUCAGUCCGCUCGAUUUUGUUUUGUAAUACUUUCACUGUAAAUGACCAUUACUGUGUAAAUCCAGGCGAAGCCAAACCGUCACCUCAAUAAAAGAAGCUUGAAGGAAA